UGCUCUUGCCUUUCGGCACUUUUGGGGAGGCAGGGUGCGCAGGCGCAGUGGGGUGCUCUGAGGUGGGGGUAGCGGUCGCGUAUCAAGUUGCUCUCUGUCCCGGCAGAAGAAACCAGGGCGCUGAGGAUCCAGGUUCCAGCUUGCUCCCUCCUAUAUCAAUUGAAGGAGAAAAGUUUGCGAAUUGGGCCCCCAAGUUUUGGGGGACCCGGACUUGCGGCGUGGGGUGACAGACGAGGCUCGUUAGAGCUUCCCCCAUGGAGCCCACCCAGCCGGCAGAGGACCUCAGUCUGACCCAACAGCUCCCCAUCCCAGAAUUUGGGGACCCUGAGGACCCCAGCGAUGAGGCCCCCGAUGGCUCAGACACUGUGGUGCUCAGUCUCUUCCCCUGCACUCUGGAGCCUGGGAAUCCUGAACCGGAUGCUGGUGCCUCCUCACCGCAGGGAGGCAGCUCCCUGAAGCACUCCACAACCCUCACCAACCGGCAGCGGGGGAACGAGGUUUCGGCCCUGCCAGCCACCCUCGACUCCCUGUCCAUCCACCAGCUCGCGGCCCAGGGGGAGCUGAGCCAGCUGAAGGAGCAUCUGAGGAAAGGCGACAACCUCAUCAACAAGCCGGACGAGCAUGGCUUCACCCCCCUCAUCUGGGCCUCCGCCUUUGGAGAAAUCGAGACUGUCCGCUUCUUGCUCGAGUGGGGUGCUGACCCCCACAUCCUGGCCAAGGAACGGGAAAGCGCCCUGUCCCUGGCCAGCAUGGGCGGCUACACAGACAUUGUAGGGCUGUUACUUGAGCGUGAUGUGGACAUCAACAUCUACGACUGGAAUGGAGGGACGCCACUGCUGUACGCCGUGCGUGGGAACCACGUGAAGUGCGUAGAAGCCUUGUUGGCCCGAGGAGCCGAUCUCACCACUGAGGCUGACUCCGGCUAUACCCCAAUGGACCUUGCCGUGGCCCUGGGAUAUCGGAAAGUGCAACAGGUGAUCGAGAACCACAUCCUCAAACUCUUCCAGAGCAACCUGGUGCCCGCAGAUCCUGAGUGAAGGCUGCCUGCUGGGGACUCAGAUACUCAGGGAACAAAACAGUUGACGCAGAGCUGGGGGAACCCAGAACUGGCUUCAAAGGCAGCUCCUGGACAGACAGUGGGAGGGGAUCCUUCCCAAGAGGAACCAAUAAACCUUCUGUGCAUAACCUGAA